UACUCCAAUAAAGACAAGCCUUUAGUUUCGAAACGAUCUUUUGAAGAUGGAACCGUAACCGCUUGUUUUGCCACUUUUCUCUCUCACUUUCGAUCACUCCGGCCAAUAUAAUCCUCCGGCGACUCAAAUCCAAUCCACGGGUUUCGUUUCGUGAUGUCUGGGCGAGAUAGGAUCAGCGAGUUGCCGGAAUCAUUGUUAACUCAAAUACUCUCAUACCUUCCGACAGAACAAUCGGUGCAGACAAGUGUUUUGUCUAAAAGAUGGGAGAAUGUGUAUCUAAGCGUUCCCGGUCUUGACUUAAACUGCUCUGUUAUUCGCGACGAAGUGAUCUUAAGCUUCUUAAGCUUCAUUGACAAGCUUCUCGAGUUUAGCCCUGAGUCAAGUCUGUUUAAAGUCAAGGUUCAGUGCAGGGGCAUGUUGAUAGACGGGUUCAGCGACCGGAUCGGUACAGUGAUUGACCGCGGGACACAGCAUCUUGAUGUUGUGAGCAGUACAGGUUAUUACGAGGACUCUUUUGGUCAUGCCUUACCUGGUGUAGACUUCAUGCCUAUGAAUCUCUACACGAGCAAGGCAUUGGUUUACUUGAAGCUCUCCUCUUCUGGUCUUGGUGAUCCUGGUUUUGUUUUCAUGCCUUGUCUUAGGUUCUUGCAUCUUGAAGAAAUUAAAUGGCGUGUGCAUCUGGAGAAAGUCCUCUCAGGGUGUCCUGUUCUUGAGAAGCUGACUUUGGUGAGGGAUUUGGAUGAUGAUGACUAUGCACGUACCGAUGAAGAAUUUAUGGUUAUGCGUGUGAGGUCUCAGAGCUUGAAGAGGUUUAGUGUGCUGCCGCUUAGGCAGGUAAGGGAUUACCAUUCCAGAGUGGAAUGCACACUUGAGAUUGAUGCUCCGGGGCUAGAGCAUAUGAGUCUCGGAGAUGAUCAGUUUGAUAGCAUUGUGGUAAAGAACCUGUCUUCUUUGUUGGUGGUUGAGCUUGAUAUCAAGUUCUUUGUCAAGGUUGGCGUGCUUUUUAAUACUUUGGACGUAUCAAAGAGCAAUGAGAUCCGCGAGUUUCUCGAUGGGAUAUCGAGUGUUGGACAUAUGAUCAUCUCUGGGAUGACAGUGCAUGCCUUUGAACAUUACUCAAAAGCAGGAAUUAUCCCCAAGUUCAACAACUUGUCCCGUUUAGAAGCAGUGUUCCAUGGCAAGUUAUUGCAGUUUCUGCCAGCCUUUCUUGAGUGUUGCCCCAAUCUGAAACACCUAAUCUUGAAGGUUGUUCAUUCAGAGGAGAUGGAUGAGGGAUUGGAACUCGCAGAUGUGCCACAGUGUGUCUCAUCGAGUCUUGAGUGUGUUGAGAUACAAGAGAAACUUGAAUUGGAAGAAGGGAAGAUGAAAGCAACCAGUUACUUUCUUGGAAACUCGGCAGUGCUGAAGAAACUCAUCCUGAGCCCAACAGCUUAUGAUCCUCGAAAUGUUGCGGAAUCAGAAAUAUGGGAGAAGGUUAAUAAACUGACAAUACGUUCCACAAGAUGUGAAAUUGUCAUUCGAGCCAUGGAGGAGGUCGUUGUCAUUUGAUGAGUCUUCGUAGUUCUGGUUGGAUUCCAUUGACCAUUGUCAGUAUGACUGCGAAUCUUUUUUCUUUUCUUCCAACAGUCCCAAUCUCAGUUUCUUGGAUGUUUUGAUAAUGAUGAUCUUGCAUUCUCUUAAGUUUGGUUUUAUAUGUUUUAUACUUUUAAAUAUCAAUUUUUUUUUGAGUUUA